GAGUUUAUUUCACCUGUCGUUACAAUAACAACGUGCAAAACAAGAGACGCUCGUCGAACAACAAAACGACAUUAACCUAUAAACUUUUCUCUCAAAGCUACGCGCGCUAACGAAUGUGUGCAGUUUCGAUUAAAAGUUCUCUCGAAAUAAGGUGCAGCUUUUAAUAAUAGAACACGAGCAGCCAUUACUUCGAUUCACCCUUGGUACACGCAGCAGCAAAAACAAGCAAGCGCGCAGCAAAGCGAAUACAAACUCGAUUUUAUUCGCUCGCGAGCCACCGGUUACGUUAAACUACAAGCGCACACCGUGAAGAAGAAGAAGAAGAAGAAGAAGCGAAAAGGUUAUUACUCUCUGACGCCUCGCAGCCCUCGAUACAUGAGCGAUACUGGAUCUUUCAGAACGAGAACUGGCAUCGGCGCCGGCAGCACAUUCGGAAGGAAUGCAUCGACCGGAAGCAGUUACAGUAAUUACAGAAACAGCUACACAGGCCUCGGCUCGGCCUCCGUAAAAACAGCAGCGACGAAAGAGAGAAGCAUUGGCAGCUCCUACGGCACGAAUUUCUCGAAAAAAGAUGGAGAUAAGGUCGAAGAGAAACCCUCCUAUAAAUAUUCCUGCACCAAAAAUUCGGAAAAAGAUAGAGCGACCCCAACGAAAAUCUCGAAAGAAGACACUCGUACCCGCAGUCGUUCCUCCAACGCUGGUCCCACGUCCAUUCUCGAGAAGUACACGCUGGGCAGCAGAUCCAGCCACAGUACCGAGCGUCCCUCCUCGGUGUUGGAUCGGUAUAGGACUGGCAGCGCUUCUCGCGAAGUCAGCCGGGAGCCCGACAGUCUGUCUUCCAGAUACGGCGGAACCACCUCGUACUCCGAGUCCAGCCGCAGCUACGGCAGCGACAAGAAGGACAAGGAGCCGACUUACAGAACUGGACUGAGACCACCUGCGCGAGAGCCCAGCCCCGAAGUCGGCAUCAAGGCACCGGGCUAUCGCGUGUACUCGAGGACCCCGACCUUUGGAAAAAGCACCAGCACAUCCGAGUCCCUGUCAACUCCACUGUCCACGCGCUACAGCAACGGCUCCGCAUCGAACGGCACGACCAGCGGCCGCUACUCGCUCUCCACGUCCCGCGCUAAUCCCGAGCACGUAACCGCCAGCAUCGGUUACACGACUGCUGAGAGGUUCCGCAGUCCCACUGUCAAAUCCACACCCUCUUCCGUUCCCGAGGAUGUUCCCAGCAAGCCCCUCGAGACACCGGUGAUGACGGAAGCCCAGCCGGUAAACGGAAGCCGACAAACGAACACUACCGAUCACGAGCACGCCGACAACGGUAACGACAACUCGACGAGCAGUGCCGCGGAGGAGAGUCACACCGAAGACGAAGUCGUCGUCGUCACAGUCGUCACGAGGGGAACUUCGCCCACGCCUCCUCCGGCGUUGACAGCGUACACCCGCACGAAGAGGCUGGAGCCCGCUCCGAAACCCGUGCGAAAGGAGGUAAAGAAGUCGGAGAUCGGCAAGGUGGAAACGCGGGAGCAAGAACAGCAAGUCGACCGCAGCAGCGUCGAGGCGGAGUCGCCGCCGUCGAGGUACAGCUCCAGGUACAGCAGCGGUGCGAGUUCGAGGGUACCCGCGACACCCUGGGUCUCGUCCUACCUCGACAAGUACGGCGCCAACUCCUGCAGCACCAGUACUUCGAACUCGUGCACGCCGCGGACCAGCUACGCCGGGUCGAGUCCCAGACGAGUCACCGGCUCCUACGGCUACAACUCCCGGUCUCGGAGCGACGACAGCAGCAGCGCCUACGCCUCCAAGGACAGCUCGACCAGGUCCACGUCCAGCAGUCUGUCCGAGCCGCAGAGCAGGCCGAGCUCGAGUCAGAGGAGGUUGGCACAGCGGACCGGCAGCGAGGACCGGUCGAGAUCGGACGCGAGUCAAGCCUCGUCGCGCAUCGUCGAGGGCCAGGACCACGGCCAAGGCUCGCGUCGGGAGUCUUCGAGCCGCGCGUCGGACGGCGGCAGCGGCCACAACUCGCCGGGACCGAGCAGACCCGGCAGCGUCACGCGCAGCGGUUCUCUGAAGUCGCGUCAUCUGACGUCGCCGGGCGCCGACUCGGCGGCCACCUCCGCUUCCUCGGCUGUCAGCCUGCCAACUGGCUGUAGCGCCGGCCGAUCUAGCGGCAAAGCUGCCUCCGUUGCUGCAUCGUCGACGUCCUCGGCCGGCGCUGCAGCAGCGGCAGCGUCGCCGACGAAAAUAAAGUCAGCCGCUGCCACCUCCACCGCCAGCGCGCCACCGUCGGCUUCGUCUUCGAGCAACAGCAGCAAGUGUGCCUCAGCUGCUGGAUCGUCGGCGGCGAGUAGUAGUUCGCGUCAGGCCAUGUCGCCGGACGCACGCGACCGCAAGCCGCCGGUUCCCAAGUCCGAGAUGGUCGGGAAGAGCAGCGCCGGUGGGCCCGGGCCCGUCAAGUACGUCAACAAGGACUUCCGCAAGUCGGCCCUCAACAUGGAGAACGGCGACCCCUCGCGCUCCCAGAUCUGCGAGAGGAAGCUGCACAAGAAGUGCCAGCGGAGCGUGUCGGUCAGCUCGCAGGACUCGCAGUCCGAGGCGAACUCCGAGUCGGCGGGGACGCAACAGGUGGCCUCCUCCGGCUCGUCCGGCUCGAUCAGGUCCAGCAAGUCCAAGUCCAAGACUCCGACACCCGAGUCGGCCUCGGCGCGCAAGCCGGAGCUACGCAAGAGCAGCUCCAAGUCGCCCUGCAACCACAACGGCCAGAACGGACGCAUCUCGAGGACCAUGUCGGUGUCGACGUCGGAGUGCAGCACGGAGAACAGCUCCUCGGAGUCGUCCGAAAGCGAGGAGGACGAGGAAAACGCUCAGCCGGAAUCCCGGAGAGCAGGAGCCCGGCGAAGACGAACCUCGGACUCUCCGUUCGCCGAGGGCAAAGGCAAGAUGAGCGCCGGCUCCUCCAGGACCAGCGUCCUCGCGUCCUCGGCCGACGAGCUGUCCGUCAACAGCGACAAACCGCCCCGACCGCCGUCCAGUCCCCGGUCCAGAAGCGACAAAUCCGGCAACAAGACCGACGAGGCAAAGUCCUUCCUCAUGCGGGCACUCGCUCCCGUGACCAAGCUCUUCAAGUCCAGCGGCAAGCAGGAGAGCGGCGCCGACAUCAGAAACGGCGGCUGGGUGGAAGCCUGCAGCGAGGAGAACUCGGACGGCAAGAGGAACUCCAAGUCAACGCAAAGCCUCAGCAAGAGCCGCAGCUUCGCGAACGGCGUGGAGAAGAGUGGAGGCGAGCAGGGCAGGACGAGGACGAGGCAGCAGUCGUCGGGCGAGAAACCCUGGUGGCUGGACCCGAACUCGGACAACGUGCCGGACGGCGUGGAGCGGAACCCCAGCAGGAACGACGACGUCAGUCAAGACACGACCAUCAGCACCGUGCUUCCGGAUGACGGUAAAUUCAAGUUCAACGUGUGGCGCCAGGAUUCGGAAGAGCGCUCCUGGUGGCUGGAUGACAACGACAACAACAUCCUCUUGGACGAGCAGCAGAAUUCGCUGAAAGAGCCACCUCCACCUUCGCCGCCCAACAGCAACGGCAGCCUCAGUCGCAAGGGUUCGACUAGGAGCGCGCGAUCGAGUCCGCGGCAAAGUCGCGCCAACCGAUUGCGCCACCAGCAGUCAGGAGAACGCGCCUGGUGGCUCAGCGAUGAUCCGGACGUUGUACCCGAAGGUGUCGAGGUCAUCCCCGUCUCGCCGGCGGUGAGUCGCCGGACCACGACGACUGAGUCGAGCAGCGAUGGCAGACCAAUCGGUAACAGAAUCAGACACAUCGAGAGUGGAGAGCGACCCUGGUGGCUGGACAGCUCGUCGAAUAUACCCGAGGGUGUGCAGGAGAUUCAUACUGAGGCUAGCAAUAGCAACUCGGAUUCCUCCGAGUCCUUCGACAAGGUGGAGAUCGGGAUUCUGGUGUCGGAGAAAGAUGACAGCGGUAGGGGAAUCGGCUUCUCGAGGUUCCCGCUCGAGGAUGAGCCGCUUGGAGAUCGGGCGAGUCCGGAGGGGAUUGAAAAUCCACCAGAUCCUCCGGACAAUUAUGGCGGUCGCAUGCCACCCUACGACAAUGUCACAAACGUACGCCAAACACCACCGAGACGAUCGGCGCCGCGCAAACGACCAGCUAAUUUACCACUUUUCAUCGGUAACAGCACGAAUAUCGAUGACCUGCUUGGCGACAUAGUAGGACCUGGUCACAGCCCUAUGAUGCCGAGGAAUCAGAAGAAAUUUUCUGGAGCAGCAGCAGCAGACGAGCCAUCGGACAACAGUAGCGACGAGGAGGAGGAGGAGUGCGAGGAGAUAGACGCGGCGCAGGUGAUCAUUCACGACAGCACUCCGCAGACGCCCGUGAUCCAGCGGAGACUCAACAGGGACACCGACAGGCCACAGCCCGAUGGCUACAUUCCGCUCGACGACACGGCGCUCCAGCUCUAUAAGGACGGCGAUUACGGGGCUUACCUGGACCUCGAGGCAUCCAUCAGCGAGCAGCAGGAGGAAUUCGAGGGUUUCCAGACCAACCGAAAGAACUCCAUCGUUCUCAGGACCCAGCUCUCCGUGCGAGUUCACACCAUCAUAGAAAAAUUGCUGAACAGCGAGGGCCGCGAGCUGCGACGAGCUCUCUUCUCCCUCAAGCAGAUCUUUCAGGAGGACAAGGACCUGGUGCAUGAGUUCGUGCAGAAUGACGGACUAGCCUGUCUCAUCAAGGUCGGCAGCGAGGCCGACCAGAAUUACCAAAAUUACAUACUUCGCGCCCUCGGUCAGGUGAUGCUCUACGUGGAUGGGAUGAACGGCGUGAUGGAGCACGGCCAGACCGUGCAGUGGCUGUACACCUUGAUAGCCAGUCGUUUCCGGCUGGUGGUCAAGACGGCGCUGAAGCUGCUGCUCGUGUUUGUCGAGUACGUGGAGACCAACAGUCUGCUGCUGGUGCGAGCCAUCCGCUCGGUGGACACGUCGCGCGGCAUGAUACCCUGGACGAACGUGAUGAAGCUGCUGAAGGACUACGACGCCGCGGACACGGAGCUGCUCAUCUACGCGACGACGCUCGUCAACAAGUGUCUCAACGGCAUCCCCGACCAGGACACCUACUACGAUCAGGUGGACUGCCUCGAGGAGCAGGGCAUCGAGGGCAUCAUCCAGAGAUACAUGAGCAAGCAGGGCACCGAUCUGGAUCUGCUCAGGCAGUUCCAGAUUUACGAGGCGGUACUGCACCACGAGGACGGCAACGACCGGGACUCGCCGAUUAGACAGCUCGACGACAACAUCAGAAAAACGCUACGCAACCGCAAAUCUCUGGUGGACUCGCACGAACGUCGCAAGUCGCGGCGACACUCGACCGGAACGUCGCCCCUCUCGAUGGCUCUGAACUCCCGGCUAUGCUCCAGUCCCCGGCUGAACAAUCACAACACGACGAUCGGCCUGAACACGCUGAACAAAGGCCUGAGCAACGGCGGCGGCCUCGACAGCCAGAACUGCAUCCUCAAUUCAUCCGCGGCCAUCUCCAACGACGAGGACGACGAGUCGAGCAGCUCGCAGAGCUCGCAGGGCCUAGGCGAGGUUCAGAUGAACGGCAGCUACAAGGAGAACAAAGGAGCGCUGGACGUGGGAGUGACGCCGGCCUUGAGGCGUCGCCGCGAGCGCGCCGAGAGACAGCGGAGCUUCAUCAGGGAGCAGCAGGAGGCGACGGCCAACAUGAGGGCCUCCAUCGGACACCCCGACGAAGACAGUCCGUUCAACGGAAUUUGCUACACGAACGGGACGUCGGGCUACGAGCCGCGCACGAACGGCGUCGGCGACUCGAACAAAUUGGCGCGAGGCAACAGCCGAAAGGACCUGACACCUCUGAUGAACGCGGCGAACAAGCUCGACACCGAGGAGAAGAAGCAGCUGCAGCAGCAGACGCCCUGGUACGGCAAAAGCCCGGACGAGGGCGUCGAGUGCGACGAGGGCAACCACACGGCCGACGAGGACGAGGACCGGCGAGUUGUGCUGCAGCUCAAACGCGAGGGCACCGUCAAGGAUCUCACCCAGAAGCUCACCGCCCAGAAUCUCAUUCCCAACAGUCCCGUUGAGGAGAAAGUCUCCAGAAUAGGAGACGUAAGCGGUUUGAUCUCAAAAGCAAAGGAGGGUCUGGCCAAGUCGAAGUCGAAGGCCGACGUUCUCAAGUCGCCGACGAACGACAACUUGCCAAAACUGACUGAAGUCAAGAAGUCGGAGAACGAGCUUCACUGGGAGGAACUGGUCAACAAGCUCAAGAGGCCGCUGAAUCUCUGCGACCUGGACUUUACCGAUCUCAACUCGGACGAUGAGAUCGAUGUCCUCGGCCCUGUCAACAUUUCCAACGGUGUGCCUCCUCCUCCACCGCCCAUGGCUGCUUCGCCCGGUUCAGCAGUGGGCGCGCGAGCGCCACCACCGCCGCCACCGAGUUUCCGAGCACCGCCUCCUCUGCCUACAGUGCCGCCACCCCUGUUCGGCGUGAACCUCAAGUCGACGGCGCUGAUGACACUGAGGUCCUCGCCUACAGAUCCGCCAAAGAGUCCAGUGCCACCUCCACAGCAGCAGCCGUCCAUGAUGAACAACAAGAAGAGCAAGAAGACGGUCAAGCUUUUCUGGAAGGAGGUGCGGGACGACCCAAUCAUCUUGUCGAGGCUCGACAAAAACAAGAUGAUCUGGGACGAGCUGUCGCCCAUACCCGUCGAUACCCAGAAACUCGAGCACCUCUUCGAGAGUCGAGCCAAGGAUCUCAUCACCAAGGAGAAGCAGCAAGAAAUGAACAAAAACAAGGAAAUUAUCGUGCUCGAUCACAAGCGUUCGAACGCCAUCAAUAUCGGUAUGACGAAAUUGCCGCCUCCGAGGUCCAUCAAAACGGCCAUCUUGAAAAUGGACGCUACCAUUAUGAACCGAGAAGGCAUCGAGAAAUUGUUGACAAUGUUACCAACCGAGGAGGAAAGAUCCAGGAUACAAGAGGCGCAGGCCGCCAAUCCCGAUCUUCCUUUGGGAUCAGCCGAGCAGUUUCUCCUAACUUUGGCAUCGAUUUCCGAGCUUCCAGCCAGAUUGAAACUCUGGGCUUUCAAGCUUGACUUUGAAAAUUCGGAAAAGGAAAUUGCGGAUCCUUUGAUGGAUCUGAAGCAGGGAAUGGAGACCUUGCGAGUGAAUAAGACCUUCCGCGGCAUUCUGAGCACGCUCCUCUCGAUCGGGAUAUUCCUCAACGGAAAUGAGGUAAAGGGAUUUCAGUUGGAAUACCUGGCUAAGGUGCCCGAAGUAAAGGACACCGUGCACAAGCACUCGCUGCUCCACCAUCUCUGUCACAUGGUUAUGGAGAAAUUUCCCGAUUCCACGGAUUUAUAUUCAGAGAUCGGGGCUGUGACUAGGGCAUCGAAGAUCGACUUCGACGAGUUGGCAUCGAACAUAGGCAAGCUCGAGAGCGAGUGCAAGGCGUCCUGGGAUCAUUUGAAGCUGAUUACGAAGCAUGACGGCUCGACGAUGAUGAAGGUCAAAAUGUCGGAAUUUUUGGCCGAUUGUGCCGAGCGAAUAAUCGUCCUGAGCAUCGUACACCGGCGCAUAAUUAAUCGCUUCCACAAAUUCAUCCUCUGGCUGGGUAUCCCUCUCCAUCGAGUCCAGGAUACAAAGCCCAACGAGUUCUGUCGCAUCGUUUCCGAAUUCGCUCUGGAAUACAGGACGACGCGCGAACGUGUUAUACAGCAGCUCGAGAAGAAGGCCAAUCAUCGCGAGAGAAAUAAGACCAGAGGAAAGAUGAUAACAGAGGUCGGCAAAUUCAGAACGAAGGAGGAUCGGGCGGACGCGGAACUCAGGCAAUUACUGGGAAGCGAUAUCUCCGACGUCGAGAGCAUCCACGGCACGCUGCCGUGGAGGAGGCAGCGCAAGGACGGACGAACGUCGCUUGGUCCACUGCUGCGAGACGAGCACACAAACGGCAACCUGACGGACGGCGACGACGAGCUGCUGGAGUCGCUGGUGAAGACGGCCACGAAGACGCCUGCGACACGAACGACGCCGAGGGAGCGCAAGCGCACGCGACACGCCGAUCGUAAGUCUUUGCGUAGAACACUGAAGAACGGUCUCUCGGAAGAGGAGAAGAAACACAUCGCUGCCUAUAUCAAGGGCUACUGACUGUGAUAAACAAAGCAAACAAGAGGAAGAAAACAAGGAUUUUUGUGACGAUCGAAGAAGACACUGCCCUCGUGAGGCAGAUUUCCGCAUCUUCUCCCUCUCCUCAUGCCGAAGCAGCAAACAGCGCCGUCGUCGUCGUCGUCGGUGGUAUCCGAAAAAUCGUCGAGGAAGAUGCUCGAGAAUCCGAACAAGUGGCAGACCCCUUCUGGAGAUCCGCGAGCAUUUUCUCCCCACUAUAUAAUACUGCGCGUAUUUUAAUCGAGUAUCUCGAUACCUGCGCGUCCUCUUUUUGCCCUUCUUUUGUUAUUGUUGUUUAUCCCUCCCCCUUCUUUGUUUCCUCCGAUGCUGCGCGUUACCGUGUUUACUUUCUGCGUAUAUAUACU